CAACGUGGAAGGCACACCGCACGAACACGCCGCACCUCACACAAAAGCAAAAUCCAUCCAUCCUCCGAAUUUCGAUUUCCAACCCCGGCUGCCCCCACCGCCGCACCAGCCCAAUGUCACGCGUCGGCGACGCCCGCGGCCUCGAGGCGGAGGCGGCGGCCGCGGCCGAGGCGGCGCGGGAGCUGCGGGAGGCGGCCGCCGCCCUCGUCGCCACGCGCGCCGCCGAGGAGGAGGCGCUGCGCCGCCGCGCCGUCGCACUCGACGCCGACGUCCGCCGCCUCCAGGGCUCGCUACCCGCCCUCGACCCCUCCGCGGUCGACAAGGUCGAGGAGGAAUUGGAGCGUGCCAGGGUUGCCAUCGCAGAUAGUGAUGUGGCCUCAUUUCUCCCCAGCAAGAGAAAUGGGAAGUUCCUUAAGAUGUUUCUAGGCCCUGUGAAUGUGCGGGUGGCUAGGAAGGAAGAUAAGCUCAAAAUCAAGGAUGAGUACAAUAAUUACAGGGAUAGGACUGCCUAUAAGUUUCUGCUGUUUCCAUCUAUCCUCCUCCUACUGAGAUGGUGGAUAUGGGAUGGAUGCCUUCCAGCUUGGGCAGUUCAGGUCUACCAGGCUUGGUUACUGUUCCUGUACGCUAGCUUUGCUUUGCGGGAGAAUGUGUUGAUUGCAAAUGGUAGUGACAUUCGUCCAUGGUGGAUAUAUCACCACUAUCUAGCAAUGGUAAUGGCUCUUAUUAGCCUUACAUGGGAGAUAAAGGGACAGCCUGAUUGUUCUAGUAAGCAGAGAGGGGUGCAACUCUUCCUGCGUUGGGCAAUAAUGCAAGGGAUUGCAAUGCAUCUACAGAACAGAUAUCAGCGCCAAAGAUUACGCACUCGCAUAGCUCUAGGAAAGGCAAAAAGAAUGGAUGUUGUCGCUGGAGAAACAGCCGGUGUGGAGGGACAGCUCUUGUUGCUGUACCCUGUCCUUUUUAUAUUACAGGGUUUUGAAGCGUAUGUUGGAGUUUUGCUUCUUCAGACAGCUUUGCACGGGCUUGCCUCCGAAUGGCAGGUUGUAGUUUGUGGGAUCUUGCUGGUGGUAAUGGCAGUGGGCAACUUUGUCAACACUGUGGAGACACUGGUAUUGAAGUUGAGGUUCAAAGCAAAGAUGAAGAGGGCAAAGAGCAGGCAGGACCGCCCGCAUCAAAAUUGACGAAAGCAGAACUCUGACACCAUCUCUUUUGUAAAUCCUUUGACCCAUAAAACAUUUUUGGCUGCUUGUAAUCCCCUGCUUCGGUAAUUGGUCAUUCAAGUUGGCACCCUAGACGACACGACUAAAAGAUACAAAUAUUUCCACUUCAGUUGAAAAUUGCGAGUUUGCAUGUAUGCUUGAGCUCUAAAUCUUUGAGUUUUGAUAAAGAUAGGUAAUGUAUCCAAAGUUGUGUAUAGAAUAAGGGUAUUAGACUGUUGCAGCUCUGUAUAAAUGGAGCAGAGGCUUGUAAGGUUUGGUGGUGUCAUGGCUCUUUUAAACAGGGUGGUGUGAAUGACGAGUGUCAUUUCUGUCUUGUGCUCCAACUACUUGUGCUGGCAAUCCAUCACAUGGUAUGAUGGCAAGCAACCUUGCUGCAACUACUUAACAUAAGGUUAAGCUUAUUAUUGGUCAUAUGUUAUCAACAGUA